AUGACUUUGAACCCGUUCCGACCAUGCGAAGGCUCGCCAACAUUCCAACAGGAAUAUCGAGGCAGCUAUGUACCAAACGUUACCAACACAGAAUAUGGCCUCCAGGUUGUGGCACCGGAUACUCCAUACGUGGCAGUAGCCGGCCCAAACAGUUUAUACUUCAUUGACACCCGGCUCGAUAUCGAGACUGCAAAUCACAUCAAGGAAAACAUCGAGAAGGCAUCUGUGCCGAAGCUGGAGGAGUACAUCGCCAUAGACGAGAUUUUGGCUACGGCGGAAGUGAAAAACUCUGUGACCGGCGAAACAACAUUCGUGUUUGACCCUUGCUAUGCCAAGGUGCUGUUUGCAAGGGGAAUGAACAGACACAACCCGGAGCUCAAACUACCUGAGUAUGAGACCACCGGCGAUUGGUUGGUGACCUACGACCUUGACAGUAUAUCACUUCAUCAAUUUUGA